GUAAAAAUAGAAUAUUGCUAUUACCCGAUUUCAUUCUUUACCUAUUCUUCCAGUUUUUUUUUAAUAAUGCAAUGUUUCCAAAUACCGGUAACAUUGCCUAUUAAAAUUACGCCAAAGAUGAGGCUAAAAACAGCGUUUUGAAGUGCAUUAUUGCAUUUCAAAAAUUACACAAAGUACAUCUAAUUGAAAUUUUGUGAAGUUUAUAACAAGAUAAGCAAUGCAAUUAUUACUGAUAAGAAUGUACUAGAAUAAUAAUGUUUUAACAAAUUGAAACCGGUGAUUAGGUUAGUGAUUAGUUUCCAUAAUGGGCCUACAUUUUUAAUUCAUAAUAAAUUAUUUUAAGUUGCUGUACUACUAACAAAGAAUCUACUUUAUUAUUGUAGCUACAAUAAAUACAGCCUAUCUAAAUAAUCUUCUACAUAAUUUAUUUUAUACAUUAAUACAAAUAAAUGUGAAAAUGAUUCAAACUUUUCUUUUAGCUAGCUCUACGUAACGUAUUAAAUAUAUAUUGUUUUAAAUUAUUUUCAUAUAAGUAUGUUAAGUUUUAAAUCAGUUACCUUUGAUUAAGCAUGUAAGCAAUAAACAGUAACAUAACCUUUAAACCGUGAAGUGUAAAGCCACUGUGGUAAAGCUUUUACAGAGUGGAAACGUGGAACGAUCCUAUCGUUCCACUCAAGUUUAUUUUUGUUUACAUUUUUGACUGUCGACCAGCUCUCCAGUCGAACAGUUUAUACCCACCCGUGCUGCAGCUGCAGCACAAUGGCCAUGCUUGAAGCUUGAUCACUUUUAUCUUUCCUUUUUAGGUUUUUUAGAAUUUUAUAAAGGAUCAGCUAUGGCUUCGGCUGUUGAGAGCAGUUUUGAUUCUUAUCUGUCUUUAAAACUACAAGAAUUAAAUACUGAUGAAGGAGUAUUUAGUAGUUAUAUAAAGUCUAUACUUGAAGGAGAUGAAACAUUAGAAGAGAAAACUGAAGCAUUAGAAGGAAUUUUAUCCGAAAUAACGGAUGUGGACAUCGGCAGACACUGUCGCGAAAUAGUUGAGCAGUGGAACAGCAGUCAGCUGAUGAUCAGCUGUCAGAAGCAGCAGCAGCAGCAGCGGAAUGAGGAGGAUGUAGAGGAGAAGUUGGUGAAGCUGUUGGAGUCUGCGCAGACUCCGAGCAGUCAGUCACAGCAACAGGCGGCCGCAGCCGCAGUCAGUCGCACCGACGAGGAGCGCCGCAUACGGCAGGCCAUUUUGGCACAGUACAGUCAGACAUCGGACAAAGACAGUGACGACGAAGGAGGAGAAGGAGGAGGAGGUGUUUCGAGUAGUGAUGGAGCAGGAGGAGGCGGAAGAGGAAAAGGAAAGGAGAACUGUUUGUUUCGCAAUACAAACGCGGCGGCAGUACAACAGGCUGAGAAGGAGAAACGAGAAAAGGCGAAAAUAGACAGUCAAAAGAAGAAGGAUAAGGACAAAGAAGACCGUGAAAAGCAAAAACAAUUGCAGCAGGAGAAGAAGGAGAAACGGAAAACACAGAAAGGCGAACGCAGGAGAUAGCAAAGAAGGGGAAUAGGAAGUGAUCACGCACAACGGAUAACGAUAGGAGUGCAACAACCAGAUGAAAGAUUCGAAAUAAUUCUCCAAGAUUCAACUUGCAAACUCCACAACUUUAGACUGAUGGUGCAUUGGAUCGAACGUAUGUGAUAAUGCUAGCCAGGUACUCUUUCCAGCUUUUUUACUCAAACUUUAUUGUUACAACGUUUUAUCGUGCUUUCAAAAAGUGAACGUGUUGAACAACUCCGAGCUUUCAUACUCUCAAAAUGUAUUAUUUUCUUAGUUUCAGUAUCUAAUUGUAUGUAUAUUGGGUGAUCCGAUUUCUGCACUAACCAGUAAGAAUAAUCUUCAUACAUAAGAAUUGAAAAAUAUAUUUUCAAAAAACAGAGCCAUGUUAUUCAUAUUAUUUUAUUCCCUUUAAUUUGGUUACUAUUAUUACUUGAGCCUAAGGGCCGUUUGCAUAGUGGAAGUGUAAACUUAAUUUUAUUUUAAACUGGAUUAAAUCCAUUAUAAAGUCUCGUUUGUUUACAUGUGACUCAUUUAAAGUUAAAGCCACCAACUGAUUAAAUCCAGUUAAGCUUUCACUUUGCUAACGACCCUAAGAAUGUUAUUUUUUUCUAUAGUGUAAUUUAUGCACUCGUAUUUCAUGUAUAUCAUUGAAAAUAAUCCAAUUUAAUCAUAAUACGCUUAUCCUUCUGACAAUAUAUACCGGCAAUACAUGAAGUAUGUUGUAAUAGGCUACAUGAGUACUUCUCGUUUUAAUUUAAUGCGUGUUUGAACAUUUUUUAUUGCAAAUAAGGUUUGCUUGAUAAUUGGAUCACCCGGUACUCAAUAGCAGAAAAAAAUUGUAAUGCAAUAACAUUGAACAAAUGACUAUAAAUUUUCACCACAAUUGAUUUAUUUCAUAAGUAAUGUAUUUAUUGGAAUAAUGGGAAUUAGAGUAUCGAGAUAAUUUUGUAGUCGAAUCUAGUCUCUUGUCAUCAUUAACGUACAUAAGAUUUGAGAAAAUAUUUUUAAAAUAUGAUAUAUUCAUCAUCUUCGGUUGGCGCAUCUUCAUGAGACGGCUCUGGUUCGCCUUCCAUUGUAGGCUCAUAAAGGCCGGGGGUGGAGUAUAAGUAUGAUAAACUCUUAAUGCUUGCAAGAUAUACUGAUGAACAGAUAUUGACGAUUGUAUUUCUUCUGAACUCAGAAAUCGUUGCAAUAAAAUGAUCUAUCUAAUGUUGACUUCGCAUAUUCGCAUACCACCUAUUGGCUGGUAUAGCCUACUGAUGGGCCAACUCGUCCACGUCCUCGUUCCCGACGGAGGCGUCUGCGAGUGCGACCGCGAUGACCAUGAGAUGCUGCAUCAGCAGCUGGAGCAACUUCCACCUGUGCAACACCUGCUACUGGCAAAUUAUUGCCAGCAUCUCCCUCCUGCGGACCCGGCAGAAUAUUCUCCAUCUUCGAAAUUGAAAUGAUGAAUUCAGAUGUCAGAUAAACAGCUUCGAUCCUUCGUUUGAUGCUAUUGAUACCGGAAUGAAUAGUUAUGUUGUUGUCUCUAUUUUAUUUAUUUAUUCAUAUGGCUUUUAUCGGCAGAGAGAUCCUUUUGGAUGUUCUGCCUUGCCGUAUUACACAAUUUCAUCUCCUAUUAACACUCAAGUUUAUAGGAUAUAUUUUGGGUUCUUCAUGUUUUCCCACUAGAAAACACAUAUUACACUUUCACUUCCUUAGUUUCUAUUUUAUAAAAUUUAAAAUUAAGAAAACUUAUUUUUAAACACAAUUCACAUUUACAAAGCUAACAAUUAUAAAAUUUUUGAUUAAUUAUCAAUCCAGCCUGGCAGUUGGAUUAUUAUUAGCUCCGGAUUUGGUUCGCAUUAUUUGGAAAACAUCUCUACGUGAUUCUGAUUUUGUAAAUUGUCAAAUUUUUAAGGAUGCAAGGUUUUCAUCCAGAACUAAUUCUUCUGCCAACAGAAUAGAGCUUUCAAUACGCAUCAGAAAUCCAAGGAAGGCAGUCUUUCUUGGAGAAGCUAAUACUUUUACAUUAUUCUUAUUGACCUUCAAUGCUAAUUUGCUACUGUACUUUCUGGCUUCCACCAGGAAAUAUAUAACCCUUUCUGAAUUUUCCUUUUUCAGUCCAAAACUAUUUUCACUGAAAGAGUUCAAUACAUCAAAUAAAUCAUUGAAUAAACGUAAAAAACAGGUUUCCUCUGCCCCUUCAAUUGUGCCAGCUUGUCUCUAUGUCAAGUAUUUUAUUCAAAACAUAUAUCUAACAAAAUAUCACCUUCCUUGCUACACCGAACGUCGAAGAACAAUAAACAAUAAAUUAUUUUUAGGAAGCAAGAACUGAAAUGACUCACCGAAAAAAUGUAAUUUCCACAUCCAAGAAUAUAAUUACUUGUAAUUGAUUUAGAAGGCUUGUAAUGCUGCAUACUUCUUCUCAACUGAUCAAUUAAUAAUUGGGUCUUGCAUAGAGAAACGAUUUUGAUAUUUUCAAAAAAGUCACAACCAUCUUCAAAAACAUCGUAAAAACGCACACCAAAUUAUUAAUUAACUGUUCUUGAAUCAAAAAUUUAUAAUGUCCUUGUCCAUGACUAUAAUUGAUUGUAAUCAUUGUAGAAGACUGGCAGUGCCUUUUAAUUACUUUAAACUAAUUUAUUUUCAAGUUCUUGAGUGAAAUAUAUUAUUUUUAGACCACAUAAAGCAUUUUUGAAAUUAUUUUUUAAAAAAUAUCUGUAUACUUGAUUCAAAUGCAGAUAUCACGAAUUUAUAUUUUCAAUUUCUUCUUUGUCUCUUUUCUGUUUAGGGCUACUUGUAAUAUAAAUAGAAAUACUAAUCUCAGUUGUUAUAAAAUAAUUGAAAAAGGGUACUGAGAUUUGUAUUUAUAUUUAAAUUUAUUCUUUCUCUUGUUCAAAUGAUGUUGUAUUUGCUCAGGUCAGAAUUGAAUACAAAAAUUCCUGACCCUCUUGUGAAACCAUAGUUGGUUCAGGGAGAACUUCAGCAAUUUAAUGAAUUGGUACAUCAUCAAUAUCAUCCUUUGGAGGCCAGAUGAAUUUGUUGUCUCACUGGUUCCUGAGGAACUUGACUUUGGCCCCCUUUUCAUAUGAAUGAAUUAUCUGCCUAAUGAAGUAAUGACGUAUUCGUUUAUUUGAAGCAUAUUUGACAACCACUCAUGAACCAGAUUGUGGCAUUUUAGAAUCAAUGUCUGUAGUGGUACUCUGGAGCAGGCAUUGAUUGAGAACUUGUUCUUUAUAAAAAGGUCUGAUACCUGUAGCUGAAAACCCUGAUCGUAUGUUGUUGGCGAUGCUCUCCUUCAUAUUGUUUAAAACUGUAUCAAGGAGUCUUGGAAACUCAUCAUUCCAAGUCUCUAAAGGCUUUCCCACAUCCAGUGGCAGAGUAAAGUGAGUUGUAUUUGGUGGUAAGCAAAGGAACGAAAUGUUCAGUUCAUUGCAUUUUUUUAUUAUGUCUCCAGAAAAGUGGCUAGAUAAGUUGUCUUCUAUCAGCAUUUUUUGUCCAAUCCGGUUUUCAGCCCAUGGGACUACAAUAGUGUGGAACCAGUCCAAAAAACAACAUUCAUUAAAUCACCCUGACUUGGUUCUGUUGUAUCUGGCUCCUGGGGUUCCACCUACUGUCCAAGAGGACUACAUCCCUUCAGCCUUGUAGACAAUGUAUGCUGGUAGAAGUUCACCAUCAUCAGUGCAUGCGAACAUGACAGAUGUUGCACUCUUUGUAAAAUUCAUGACUCAUUCUGAUCUUUUCGCACUUUGCUUGGAAAUAAUUUUCUUGUUUUUUUUUGGGGUCAUCCACCAUAUUUGUUUCGUCGUAGUUAAGAAUGUUGCGUGGUGGUAUUGACUGGACACUUGUAUAUGUAAGUGAUCGAAAUAAGUCAAUCUUUUUCCGAGGUCACAGUACGAGAUUACUUAAUAUUUUGACACAUAUUUUGGCUCCAAUGUUAUAAUUUCAGAGCCUAAUAGAAUGAACAGGAGAACAAACUAGACAUUUGCUAAAAUACAAACUAUUAUUUAUUAAAGUCCUCAAUAUUUAAUAAAUUAACAAUUUUUCACUAAACACCAUGAAUAUACAUUUAUACAAAAAAAACAAGUCCUAUAUUCUAACAAUAUAUAUUACAUGCAAUAGGGAAAUUCUUCAGAAAAAUCUUAUUUACUAUGAGAAUCAAAGGUAAUUAUAGUAGGGUCAACCGGGGCUAUUAUGAUACAAAAUGAGAAACUCUUAACAUUAGCUAAAAAUCUAACCACAUUUGAACCAAACAAAAAAUACCUUAAUAUGUAUUUUUAGCUUCUUUAUACAAUCAAGUGAGUAAAAUAAAUGUAUUUUUCAAGGGAAAGUGAGAAAAAAAA